CCGACGAGCCCCAGAGGCUCCAGACGGUGCGGGCCAGCUCGCUCGAGUCUGUCACGGGGCGCGGAGCGGCUGGAGCUCAGCGGGAAGGGUGAGGACUGCUGUUCGGGCAAGGCCGGGAGCGAUGGAGACGCCAGGGACCACAGAACCCCCUGCACCCACCCCCGCGGGUGACCUCUCGUCGGGAGGGCCCCGGAGCCCCACUGACACACCGCCAGAGCCCAAGCAGCUCCCGGAGCUGAUCCGCCUGAAGCGAGACGGAGGUCGCCUGAGCGAGGGGGACAUUCGGGGCUUCGUGCGCGCUGUGGUGGACGGGCGCGCUCAGGGUGCACAAAUAGGGGCCAUGCUCAUGGCGAUCCGGCUGCGAGGCAUGCAUCUGGAGGAGACCGUGGCGCUGACCGAGGCCAUGGCCGACUCCGGGGAGAAGCUGGAGUGGCCGGAGGCCUGGCGCCCGUAUGUCGUGGACAAACAUUCCACAGGGGGCGUGGGCGACAAGGUCAGCCUGGCCCUGGCACCUGCCCUGGCUGCCUGUGGUUGCAAGGUACCCAUGAUCAGCGGACGCGGCUUGGAGCACACCGGGGGCACCCUGGACAAACUUGAGUCUAUUCCCGGAUUCACCGUCAUCCAGAGCCCAGAACAGAUGCGAGGUCUGCUGGAGAGCGUGGGCUGCUGCAUUGUGGGUCAGAGCAAGAAGCUGGUUCCUGCAGACGGGAUCCUGUACGGAGCCAGGGAUGUGACAGCAACCGUUGACAGCCUGCCACUCAUCACAGCCUCCAUCCUCAGUAAGAAGGUGGCAGAGAACCUGUCUGCCCUGGUGAUGGACGUGAAGUUCGGAGGGGCUGCGGUCAUCCAGAACCGGACAGAGGCCGGGGAGCUGGCAAGAGCACUGGUUGAUGUAGGGGCAGGCCUGGGGCUUCCGGUUGCAGCGGCUCUGACCUCUAUGGACAACCCCCUGGGCCGCAAGGUGGGCAACAGCCUGGAGGUGGAAGAGGCUCUGCUUUGCUUGGACGGUGCGGGGCCACCGGACCUGCGGGACCUGGUCACCAGGCUCGGGGGCACCCUGCUCUGGAUCAGCGGACAGGCGGAGACCCAGGAGGAGGGCACCGCCCGGGUGGCCGCGACGCUGGAUGAUGGCUCGGCCCGAGACCGCUUCGAGCGAAUGCUCGCGAUGCAGGGUGUGGACCCGGGCCUGGCCCGAGCCUUAUGCUCCGGAACCCCCGCGCAGCGACAUCAGCUGCUGCCCCGCGCCCGGGAGCAAGAGGAACUGCUCGCGCCUGCCGAUGGCACUGUGGAACUCGUCCGGGCCCUGCCGCUGGCGCGCGUGCUGCACGAACUCGGAGCCGGGCGCAGCCGCGCCGGGGAGACGCUCCGACUCGGGGUGGGCGCCGAGCUGCUGGUCGGCGUGGGCCAGAGGCUGCGCCGUGGGACGCCGUGGCUCCGCGUACACCUGGACGCGCCGGCGCUUAGCGGCCUGCAGCGCCGCACCCUGCAGGAGGCGCUCGUGCUCUCGGACCGCGAGCCCUUCACCGCCCCCUCGCCCUUCGCUGAUCUCAUCUUGCCGCCAACCGUCGUGCAGCAAUAAAGCCCGA